CGUUUUUUCUCCAUUGCCCAUGUUCUCCAUCGCCCGGCUUGCCCCCGUGCUGCUCACCAUCCUCACUUGUCUCCUCUACCUCGUCCCCUUCAGGAACCCCCGCCUCUCUCAGCAACAGCGCGAGGAAGCGGAGUUCGAAGCGAUCUCCCAGCCUGUCCUCAUAGACCGCGAGCUCGAGCGACAGAUAUGGGACACCAUCAGUCGCGAUGCUCCUCCUGACUCUCAUCUCCUCUCGCGGCUUCACAACACCUACCACGUGAGGUUUGACGACCUCGAAGUGCUUGCCGGUCUGGCGGUGUCUCUAGGGGUGCUGGAGACAAAGGCUUCCUCUCGGUACUACCCCGAAUGCCUCUUUGCGGGUCUCGUCACCAUGGAGAUCCCUUUUUUACCAUUCACCACCCUCCCCCAAAUAUUCUCUUCACUCCAAAAGACCCGCGAAUGCCCCUCCAUUUCUUCCACCGCCCUCGCCCGAAACAUAGGCCACAACUUUGGUCACCUCGACAUCCGCGUCGACCAUCCCCUCAUCCCACCCGAACCAGUGCACGACAACUUCCUCCCGGGGCAUGCCUACUGCUCAGAAGAACUUGCCAAGAUCCUGGGGUUCCCAUUCCCCGAAGGCCCCAUGCCUGACGAUUGGCGGCACAAGACGGGGAGGAUCAUCAUCCCGCUCUCAGAGAGCGAGGUUUGCAAAGAGACGCUGAGCAGACUCCCGACGGCAAUUCACUCGCUCUCCCACAUUGCCCAGCUCGACUUCCUGAUCCUCCCUCCCUCCGACCCUUCGCCUGAUCUAUUGCAAAACGUUGCAUCCUGCCUCGCACGACACUUUGAAUACCGCGACCUCGCACCACCUAUCCAUCAGGGCUGGUACUGGCGCCUCAGCGAAGCUGAAAAGACCAGGUAUUUACCUCGCAUUACCGUGGUUAACGGCGAGGAGUGGUCACCUCGCAUUACCGAGGAUAACGGCGAGGGGUGGUCACCUCGCAUUGUGGCUAACGGCGAGAAGAGAUAUGUAUCUUGCGUCUACAUCACCCAAAGUGCGGCGAUGAAGGAGAUGGUCAUGAAAGAGGUCAGGGAGACGUUUGUAUUGGGAGAGAUGGAACCGUCGCCAAUGACGGGAACGCAGAUGAGGGUUGAUAUGGAAAAGGUGGGGUGGACGAGGUAUGUGGAACUGGAGGAUACUUGGUGGUGGACCUGCAAGGAAGGUACCUGGAUAAGGCAUAAUUACGAACCCUAUAUCCCUGAUCAUGAAUGAAAACCGUGUCUUGUCCACUAUUUUAUGUGUGGCCUCAUGCAAGAAAUUGACAUCUGCAUACACCCUACGAUCACAUAUAUAUCACAUGUUUCUCUCAGCUAUUCAAUUCUUUUCAGGCAAAGGGGAAACAGCCGAAGACGAGGGCGAAAGAACCGACCCAGAGCCAGAACUGAUCUGAGGCGAAAGCCCAUCCACCCUCUCCUUCCCCUUUCCUUUCCCUUUCCACCACUUUUUGCCUUCUCCGCCCCCGCCCCCGAUAUCAAGAUUCGACAUGCUCG